AUUCCCCCACAAGCACCCCCUCCCUUACGGAUGUUGGGGAACACAGAAUGAUCCUUAGAGAAAGACGCCAGGGCAGAAGGUUCCUGUAAAGGUUUCUUUUCAAUUUUUUUGGGGUGGAUCAUUUUUUGUCCCUGAGACGGUGUAAAAAUGGGAGACUUUGGAAGCUCCUAUCUUGAGGAACCUGGACAGCUGCAAUAAGGAAAAAACGGCAUAUGCAGAUCUAUGGAUAAUGGUUCUUCGGCUGAUGCUGUAAUUUAUCUCUCUUCUUCUCAGCAUUUUUUUAUGCAUGGGGCACAACUGUAAUUAAGAGCUGCAGGAUGAAAAGAUGGCACAGUCAGUGCUGGUACCACCAGGACCUGACAGCUUCCACUAUUUUACGAAAGAAUCACUGGCAGCUAUUGAACAACGCAUUGCCGAGGAAAAGGCGAAGAAGUCCAAGCAAGAGCGCAAAGAUGUCGAUGAUGAUGAAAAUGGACCAAAACCAAAUAGCGAUUUGGAAGCUGGCAAAUCCCUGCCCUUUAUAUAUGGAGACAUACCUCCGGGGAUGGUGUCUGAGCCAUUGGAGGACCUGGACCCAUAUUACAUUAACAAAAAAACAUUUAUAGUAUUGAAUAGAGGGAAGGCAAUAUUCCGAUUCAGUGCCACAUCUGCUGUGUACCUGUUAACUCCUUUCAACCCUCUUAGAAAAAUAGCUAUCAAGAUUUUGGUACAUUCAUUAUUCAGCAUGCUUAUUAUGUGCACUAUUUUAACCAACUGUGUAUUUAUGACCAUGAGUAAUCCUCCAGAAUGGACGAAGAAUGUAGAAUACACGUUCACUGGAAUUUAUACCUUUGAAUCACUAAUAAAAAUUCUUGCAAGGGGCUUCUGUUUAGAAGAUUUCACGUUCCUCCGGGAUCCCUGGAAUUGGUUGGAUUUCACAGUUAUAACAUUCGCGUAUGUAACAGAAUUUGUAAACCUAGGCAAUGUUUCAGCUCUUCGAACUUUCAGAGUAUUGAGAGCUUUGAAAACUAUUUCUGUAAUCCCAGGUAAGAUGAGUGGCUUGAUGAAGUGCCAGGACCCUGGUAUUUCCAGCUGUUUUUUGUGUGCUGUCAUUGUGUUUGUGUGUGAACUCCCCUAUUACAGAUAUGUGACAGAGUUUGUGGACCUGGGCAAUGUCUCAGCGUUGAGAACAUUCAGAGUUCUCCGGGCAUUGAAAACAAUAUCAGUCAUUCCAGGCCUGAAGACAAUUGUAGGGGCCCUCAUUCAAUCUGUGAAGAAACUCUCAGAUGUCAUGAUCUUGACCGUGUUUUGUCUGAGUGUAUUUGCACUAAUAGGGCUCCAACUUUUCAUGGGGAACUUGAGGCAUAAAUGCCUGAUUUGGCCACCGGACAAUUCUACUUUUGAAAUAAACAUCACUUCCUAUUUCAAUAGCACAAUGGGAGAAAAUGGUACCUUUGUAAAUACGACAGUGACCACUUUUAACUGGGAAGAUUAUGUCAGUGAUGACAGUCAUUUUUACUUCUUGGAAGGACAAAAUGAUGCUUUGCUGUGUGGCAAUGGUUCAGAUGCAGGUCAAUGUCCAGAAGGAUAUAUGUGUGUAAAAGCUGGUAGAAACCCCAACUAUGGCUAUACAAGUUUUGAUACCUUCAGCUGGGCCUUCUUGUCACUCUUUCGGCUGAUGACUCAGGACUACUGGGAAAAUCUUUACCAACUGACUCUACGUGCUGCUGGCAAAACAUACAUGAUCUUUUUUGUCCUGGUGAUUUUCUUGGGUUCUUUCUACCUGAUCAACUUGAUCCUGGCUGUUGUUGCCAUGGCUUAUGAAGAGCAGAAUCAAGCUACCAUGGAAGAAGCUGAGCAGAAAGAGGCAGAGUUCCAGCAGAUGCUGGAACAGCUGAAAAAACAGCAAGAAGAGGCUCAGGCAGCAGCUUUAGCCGCAGCAGCAGGUGAAUCAAGAGAAUUUAGUGAAGUUGGUGGUGUAGGUGGAUUCUCAGAGAGUUCUUCAGCAACAUCAAAGUUGAGUUCCAAGAGUGCUAAGGAGAGGAAGAACAGGCGGAAAAAGAGAAAACAGAGAGAACAGUCUGAAGGAGAUGAAAAAGAUGAGGAUGAAUUUCACAAAUCAGAAUCAGAGGACAGCAUCCGCAGAAAAGGCUUUCGAUUCUCUAUUGAAGGGAACAGAUUAACCUAUGAAAAAAGAUUUUCUUCCCCACACCAGUCUUUGCUGAGCAUCCGCGGAUCGCUGUUUUCUCCCAGGCGUAGCAGCAAAACGAGUCUCUUCAGCUUCAGAGGCCGAGCAAAGGAUCUUGGAUCAGAGAAUGAUUUUGCUGAUGAUGAGCACAGCACUUUUGAAGACAACGAGAGUAGGAGAGAUUCCCUCUUUGUUCCUCACCGGCACAGUGAGCGUCGCAACAGUACCAUCAGUCAGGCCAGCCGAUCAUCUAGGGUGAUGUCUAUCCUUCCAGCAAAUGGGAAGAUGCACAGCACUGUGGACUGCAAUGGAGUGGUUUCCUUAGUUGGCGGGCCUCCUCCUCUUAUGUCACCCACUGGGCAGCUUCUUCCUGAGGGUACCACUACAGAAACAGAACUAAGAAAAAGACGCUCCAGUUCCUACCACAUGUCAAUGGAUUUUCUCUCUGAUCCUACUGCAAGGCAAAGAGCAAUGAGUAUAGCUAGUAUACUUACCAAUACAAUGGAAGAACUUGAGGAAUCCAGGCAGAAGUGCCCUCCCUGCUGGUACAAAUUUGCUAACAUGUGCUUAAUCUGGGAUUGCUGGACUCCUUGGCUGAAAAUAAAGCAUAUUGUAAAUUUGAUUGUGAUGGAUCCAUUUGUUGACCUUGCUAUUACCAUCUGCAUUGUUUUAAAUACCUUGUUUAUGGCAAUGGAACAUUACCCAAUGACUCAACAGUUUAAUAAUGUACUGUCCGUUGGAAACUUGGUGUUUACUGGCAUCUUCACAGCAGAAAUGUUUCUCAAAAUAAUUGCCAAGGAUCCUUAUUAUUAUUUCCAAGAAGGCUGGAAUAUUUUUGAUGGCAUCAUAGUCAGCCUGAGUUUGAUGGAGUUGGGUCUUGCAAAUGUGGAAGGAUUAUCAGUUCUAAGAUCCUUCAGAUUGCUUCGAGUUUUCAAACUGGCAAAAUCUUGGCCAACAUUAAACAUGUUGAUAAAGAUUAUUGGCAAUUCAGUCGGUGCCUUGGGAAAUUUGACUUUGGUUUUGGCUAUCAUUGUCUUCAUUUUUGCUGUAGUUGGAAUGCAAUUGUUUGGCAAAAACUACAAGGAAUGUGUCUGCAAGAUUUCCAAUGACUGUGAACUCCCACGCUGGCACAUGAAUGAUUUUUUUCAUUCUUUCUUGAUUGUCUUUCGAGUUCUUUGUGGAGAAUGGAUAGAGACUAUGUGGGAUUGUAUGGAGGUUGCUGGACAACCCAUGUGCCUUACUGUCUUCAUGAUGGUCAUGGUGAUUGGUAAUUUAGUGGUUUUGAAUCUUUUUCUGGCCUUGCUCCUGAGCUCCUUCAGUUCAGACAAUCUUGCUGCUACAGAUGAUGAUAAUGAAAUGAACAACCUCCAAAUUGCAGUGGCUAGGAUUCAGAAAGGAAUAGAUUUUAUAAAAAGAAAAGCUCAUGAAUUUGUACAAAAGGCGUUUGUGAGAAAACAAAAGGCUUUGGAUGAAAUCAAGCCCCUUGAAGAUCUAAACAAGAAAGACAGUUGCAUUUCUAAUCAUGUGAUAGUAGAUAUUGGCAAAGAUUUUAAUUAUCUCAAAGAUGGCAAUGGGACUACCAGCGGCAUAGGAAGCAGCGUGGAAAAAUACAUCAUUGAUGAAAGUGAUUAUAUGUCAUUCAUAAAUAACCCAAGUGUAACUGUGACAGUACCGAUUGCUGUUGGAGAAUCAGAUUUUGAAAAUUUAAAUACAGAGGAGUUUAGCAGUGAGUCAGAUCUGGAAGAAAGCAAAGAGAAACUAAAUGCAUCUAGUUCAUCUGAAGGUAGUACAGUUGAUGUUGGAGUUCCCCUAGUUGGAGAACAACCUGAAGCUGAACCUGAAGAAUCUCUUGAACCAGAAGCCUGUUUUACAGAAGGCUGCAUCCGGAAAUUCAAGUGCUGCCAAGUCAGUGUAGAAGAUGGGAAAGGAAAACUGUGGUGGAAUCUUCGGAAGACUUGUUACAAAAUCGUAGAACAUAAUUGGUUUGAGACUUUUAUUGUCUUCAUGAUUCUCCUUAGCAGUGGUGCUCUGGCUUUCGAAGACAUAUACAUUGAGCAGCGCAAGACUAUCAAGACCGUACUGGAAUACGCAGACAAGGUCUUCACCUACAUCUUUAUUUUAGAAAUGCUUCUGAAAUGGGUGGCUUAUGGCUUUCAAGUCUAUUUUACAAAUGCCUGGUGCUGGCUGGAUUUCCUCAUUGUUGAUGUCUCUAUUGUUAGUUUAACAGCAAAUGCCUUGGGCUACUCUGAACUUGGUGCAAUUAAAUCUCUUAGGACUUUAAGAGCUUUAAGACCUCUAAGAGCCUUGUCACGGUUCGAAGGAAUGAGGGUAGUAGUGAAUGCUCUCUUGGGAGCAAUUCCAUCUAUCAUGAACGUGCUUCUUGUAUGUCUUAUAUUCUGGCUAAUCUUUAGCAUUAUGGGAGUGAAUCUGUUUGCUGGCAAGUUCUACCACUGUGUUAACACCACAACUGGGGAAAUGUUCAGCACUGAUGAAGUUGACAAUCAGACUGAGUGUGAGAAUCUCAUCGAAAGAAAUGAAACAGCCAGAUGGAAAAAUGUAAAAGUCAACUUCGAUAAUGUGGGACUUGGCUACCUCUCUCUGCUUCAAGUAGCCACCUUCAAAGGCUGGAUGGACAUCAUGUAUGCAGCUGUAGAUUCACGAAAUGUGGAACAACAGCCACAUUAUGAGGAUAACCUUUAUAUGUAUCUUUAUUUUGUCAUCUUUAUUAUCUUUGGAUCCUUCUUCACUUUGAAUUUAUUUAUUGGUGUCAUCAUAGAUAAUUUCAAUCAGCAAAAAAAGAAGUUUGGAGGUCAAGACAUCUUUAUGACAGAAGAACAGAAAAAAUACUAUAAUGCAAUGAAAAAACUGGGCUCCAAGAAACCACAGAAACCUAUACCCAGGCCAGCAAACAAAUUUCAAGGCAUGGUCUUUGAUUUUGUAACAAAACAAGCCUUUGACAUCAGCAUCAUGAUUCUUAUCUGCCUUAACAUGGUUACCAUGAUGGUAGAAACUGAUGACCAAACUGAUGCAAUGGAAACUAUUUUGUAUCGAAUUAAUUUUAUCUUCAUCGUCCUUUUCACUGGAGAAUGUGUCUUGAAACUGAUUUCACUCCGCUAUUAUUAUUUUACAAUUGGCUGGAAUAUUUUUGAUUUUGUGGUUGUCAUCUUAUCUAUUGUAGGUAUGUUCCUGGCAGAGAUUAUUGAGAAAUAUUUUGUGUCCCCCACCUUGUUCCGAGUAAUCCGACUUGCCCGGAUAGGUCGAAUCCUGCGUCUAAUCAAGGGGGCAAAGGGGAUCCGCACUCUGCUUUUUGCCUUGAUGAUGUCUCUCCCUGCCUUGUUCAACAUCGGUCUCCUGCUUUUCCUGGUCAUGUUCAUCUACGCCAUAUUUGGAAUGUCCAACUUUGCCUACGUGAAGAGAGAAGUUGGCAUUGAUGACAUGUUCAACUUUGAAACUUUUGGCAACAGCAUGAUCUGCCUUUUCCAAAUUACCACCUCUGCUGGCUGGGAUGGCUUGCUAGCCCCCAUCCUGAACAGCGGGCCUCCAGAUUGUGACCCUGAGAUAGACCAUCCGGGUAGCUCAGUCAAGGGAGACUGUGGCAACCCUUCGGUUGGGAUUUUCUUCUUUGUCAGCUACAUAAUCAUCUCAUUUUUAGUUGUAGUAAACAUGUACAUUGCUGUCAUUUUGGAGAACUUCAGCGUCGCUACCGAAGAAAGUGCUGAACCUCUGAGCGAGGAUGAUUUUGAGAUGUUCUAUGAAGUCUGGGAAAAGUUCGAUCCAGAUGCAACCCAAUUCAUAGAGUUUGCCAAACUCUCUGCUUUUGCAGCCUCUUUGGAUCCUCCUCUUCUAAUACCAAAACCAAACAAAGUUCAGCUUAUUGCGAUGGACCUGCCCAUGGUGAGUGGUGAUAGAAUUCACUGCCUUGACAUCUUAUUUGCUUUCACCAAACGUGUCUUGGGUGAAAGUGAUGAAAUGGACGCCCUCCGCAUUCAAAUGGAAGACCGGUUUAUGGCUGCCAACCCUUCAAAAGCCUCUUAUGAACCAAUCACCACCACAUUGAAACGAAAACAAGAGGAAGUAUCCGCUGUUAUUAUUCAGCGAGCCGUUAGGCGCUUCCUCUUAAGGCUAAAAGUUAAGAAAGUUUCCUGCAUGUUUAAUAAAGAUAGAAUUAAAGAAGGCAAUGACACAGUUAUCAAAGAAGAUAUGAUCAUUGAUAAGCUAAAUGAGAAUUCUACCCCUGAAAAAAACGAUAUGACCCCCUCCACCACCUCUCCACCUUCCUACGAUAGCGUUACAAAGCCCGACAAAGAUAAAUACGAGAAAGACAAAUCAGAAAAAGAAGAUAGAGGUAAAGAUGUCAGGGACUAUAAAAAAUGAGCAAAAUGAAUUAUUCCUGUAUGAUAAAUUGUUUACAGCUUGAGAAAGUAAAGUAUUAUUUCAAAAGGACUCCUGUAGGAGGUUUAUGCCAAACUGACUGUUUUUGCACACUUAAACAGACAUACACACACAUAAAAAUAUCUAUAAAUAUAUAUAUAUGUAUGUAUAUAUAUGUAUAUAUAUAUACAUACAAAUGUUAGCUAUAUACUUAAGGUCAGUGCCUAUUAACAAGAUAGUGACCCCUUGUCAAUUCAAAUGCUGCUCUGUAAAACAGGAUGGUACUUUUGACAGGCGUCUCCUGUUGGCAUUCCCAGCUGACACUGCUGAAGAGGAAAGAAAAAUGGCUAUCCAGACUGUAGGGAUCAGUAAAAGAGGUGCAAACCUAGAAUUGACCUGUGUUGAUCAUAAAACACUCAGAAACAAUAAUUGUAUCCGCUGUUUGCAUUCCAACUGCCACACAUUUGCCAUAUUUUUACAAAAACCCAUGUUGGUGAAGUUGUCGUUUUUUUAAUCCACAGGUUGUUUACUAUUAUAUGUGACUAUUUUUGUAAAUGGGUUUUAUGUUGUGGGGGGUGGGGAGGGAGAUUCCAAGGUCAAGGGGGGAUAGGAGGACCCAGCUGUCCUGUCUGAUUCUGUUGUAAUGUAUAGGCAGAAGUGAUUUGCAUGAAGGCAUGCUGCACUUGUAGACCAUGCAUGGAAACAAAUAGGACUUCUUUGCACAAGAGUUUCAAAGACUUCUGUGUUUCAGGAUGGCUCCAGAUUCCAAGGUGCUUAAAAAUAAUAUAGAUUUGUAUGUCUCAUCCUGAUAAUUCUUAUGUGCCUGUAGGUCUCAUAAAAUCAACAGUUGUUCAGCUCAGAUGUUUUUCCUCCCCACUCCUUCCCCUCACCUCCUCCUCCAAAUGAUUCCAUUAUGAAGGUGACGUGAACAUUGACUAUCGUGUACAUCCAUACAUAGAUACUUGAUCAUCAUUCCCACUGAGUUAUGGGGCCAUACUUUAGAGGAAGAGCAUAUAUAAAUUGUACUCUUAAUUGUAAAAUUGAGUGGAGAUAUGGGAAGUAUCUUCUUAAGAAUCCUGGAGCAUCCCUGGAGCACUGUACUAUCUAAAAAGGGGACGGGGGAAGUCGGACAUUUGUAAGUUAGUUUUUUACUUUUUCCUGCAGUAUUGUUUAGCCAUCUUCUGCUCUCAGCAAGGUUGACAUUGUAUGUGUCAAUGAGAUAAAGCUGUCUAUGUAAAUAGUUACUUUAACCCUGUGGUGCAUGUUUGAGCAAAGGAAUAAUGACCUGUGCACAAUAUUUAUUGCAUCAAAUAUGUACCACAAUAAGUGUAGUUCGCAAACCUUGAACAGGAAAAUAUGAUGUAUUCUGUACCAUUAUAAGUAGUUUGGAGGCUAUCACUGAUGCAUGUUGUUUAUCUUGCCUUCGCUACUGUAUUUUUCUUGGAUUUGUUCAGAAAUCUAAUAUGGGAAGCCAUAUGUUGAUGGUAAAAGUGAAACAAAA